GUAGGGAAAUACUCUGAUCCUUGUUGCAUAGUCUCUAUAUAGUGCUCUUCCUUCUUGCCUCCUGCUGUGGGGUACGGUAUUCCUGCUUCUCUGCAGAUUUUGUGCAGUGGCAGUGCUGAUAUGUCACGGCGGCGGCACAGUGACGAGAGUGAUGGGCAACCUCACAAAAGGAGGAGAACAUCUGAGCCAUCUGAAAUCGAGGAGAGACUUGAAUCUUUAAUAUGCAGGGUGGGAGAAAAGAGUACUUCCUCUCUGGAGAGCAACUUGGAGGGCCUAGCUGGUGUCUUGGAAGCUGAUCUACCAAACUAUAAAAGCAAGAUUUUGAGAAUUCUUUGUACUGUUGCACGUCUAUUACCAGAAAAGCUUACCAUUUACACAACGUUAGUUGGGUUGCUGAAUGCCAGGAACUACAACUUUGGUGGGGAAUUUGUAGAAGCCAUGAUCCGUCAGCUCAAAGAAUGUUUGAAAGUGAAUAUGUAUAAUGAAGCUGAGUAUUUAGUUCGUUUUCUAUCUGAUCUUGUGAAUUGUCAUGUAAUAGCUGCACCUUCGAUGGUAGCCAUGUUUGAGAACUUUGUGAGCGUGACACAGGAGGAAGAUGUACCCCAAGUAAGAUGUGAUUGGUAUGUGUUUGCAUUUCUGUCAUCUUUGCCUUGGGUUGGAAAGGAGUUGUAUGAGAAGAAGGAUGCUGAAAUAGAUCGCCUCUUGUCCCACACAGAAAGCUAUCUGAACAGGCGCCGCCAAAAGAUUCAUAUACCCUUGUUACAAGUUUGGACUGCUGAUAAACCACAUCCACAAGAAGAGUACUUGGACUGCCUUUGGGCCCAGAUUCAGAAGUUGAAAAAAGAUCGUUGGCAAGAAAGACACAUUCUGAGGCCCUACCUUGCCUUUGACAGCAUUCUUUGCGAAGCAUUGCAGCAUAACCUGCCUCCGUUCACUCCUCCACCUCACACUGAAGAUUCCGUGUACCCAAUGCCAAGGGUUAUUUUUAGGAUGUUUGACUACACAGAUGACCCAGAGGGCCCUGUCAUGCCUGGCAGUCAUUCUGUUGAAAGAUUUGUAAUAGAAGAAAAUCUCCACUGCAUCAUCAAAUCCCAUUGGAAAGAAAGAAAGACUUGUGCUGCACAGUUGUUGAGCUAUCCAGGAAAUAAUAAAAUCCCCUUGAACUACCACAUAGUAGAGGUAAUAUUUGCAGAACUGUUCCAGCUUCCAUCUCCACCACAUAUUGAGGUCAUGUACACAGCACUUCUCAUUGAACUGUGCAAGCUCCAGCCUGGCUCUUUACCACAAGUUCUUGCACAAGCCACAGAAAUGCUUUACAUGCGCUUGGAUACAAUGAAUACUACAUGUAUAGACAGGUUCAUUAACUGGUUUUCUCACCACCUGAGUAACUUUCAGUUCCGUUGGAGCUGGGAAGAUUGGUCAGACUGUCUUACUCAGGACCUUGAGAAGCCCAAAUCCAAAUUUGUGAGAGAAGUUUUGGAAAAAUGCAUGAGGCUCUCCUACCAUCAGCGAAUAAUAGACAUUGUUCCUCCAAGCUUUUCUGUCCUCAGUCCUGCAAAUCCAGUGUGUAUUUACAAAUAUGGAGACGAAAGCAAUAGAUCUCUUCCUGGGUAUACUGUAGCACUCUGUUUAACGAUUGCAAUUAAAAAUAAGGCCAGUAACGAUGAAAUCUUCAACAUUUUAAAAGAUGUGCCUAAUCCAAACCAGGAUGAUGAUGAUGAUGAAGGCUUCACCUUCAAUCCUUUGAAAAUAGAAGUUUUUGUACAGACUCUGCUCCAUCUAGCUGCGAAGUCUUUCAGCCACUCCUUCAGUGCUCUGGCUAAGUUUCAUGAAGUCUUCAAAGCACUUGCUGAAAGCGAUGAGGGGAAACUCCAUGUCCUGAGAGUUGUAUAUGAGGUUUGGAAGAAUCACCCACAGAUGAUUGCUGUGCUUGUGGACAAGAUGAUUCGAACACAGAUUGUUGAUUGUGCUGCAGUAGCCAACUGGAUCUUCUCUUCAGAACUUGCACAUGAUUUUACUAGGUUCUAUGUCUGGGAAAUCUUACAUUCCACAAUUCGUAAAAUGAACAAGCAUGUACUGAAGAUUCACAGAGAACUGGAGGAGACUAAGGCAAGAUUGGCAAGACAGCAUAAAAGAAGAGACAGUGAUGACGAUGAUGAUGACCGAAGUAGUGAUAGGGAAGAUGGACCGCUAGAAGAGCAGAUAGAACGCUUGCAGGAGAAAGUAGAGUCAGCCCAGAGUGAACAGAAGAAUCUCUUCCUUGUUAUAUUCCAGCGUUUCAUUAUGUUGUUAACUGAGCACUUAGCGCGCUGUGAAACUGGUGGGAUUGAUGUAUUUACGCCUUGGUACAAGAGCUGUAUAGAGAGGUUGCAGCAAAUCUUCCUACAGCAUCACCAGAUAAUUCAGCAGUACAUGGUGACCCUGGAGAACCUCCUGUUUACAGCUGAACUGGACCAUCACAUACUGGCUGUGUUUCAGCAAUUCUGUGCUCUGCAGGCCUGAGGAUUGUUCAUGUGCAGAGUCUUGUCUGCAGGACUUCAAUAAAUUUAAUUUUUUUUAGGGGAUAACUUGACCUGGGGAAGGAAGAAACUUUAGUUAAAAUUGGCUUUCAUGUGCUCCUCUAUAAAACAAUGCAGUACUCUAACCAACAGCAACUCUUUAAGCAUCAUAAGCCUUAUUAGCUAUGACUGAUAGAGGAUUGAUGUGAAGUAAUGUGUGAGUUAUUUUAAUCUGUCCUUUCAUUUGGUUUGAAUCUUGUGUUCAUGAUAGUACUUUUGUUUCUCCCCUCUGUCAUUUAUAUAAAAAUAAAAAAUAGGCAAAAAAACAAUGGUAUAGAAUUUGUUACCUCUAUCUGCCCCUUAAAGCAAAGGAAUUACCGAAAUGUGAAACAGGCCAUAGUGUGUUGGGAGUGUGAAAGGAAAUGCACCUUCUCAUGAGCGGGUGUGGUAAGGUCUCUGUAGUAUGGCACAGGAGAAGUGUCUUAACUUUAGGCAUGUGAAACACUGAGUAAACUUUCAAAGUAGCAUGGAACAUAUAGGUUUGUUUAUUGCCAAACCAACUAGUUUGAAAGAACAUGGAUGUAAUACAGUUGAAAUGUUUUUUUUAAAAUGUAUUGUCUGGUGUCGUAUUACAGUAACUGUAAGCAAGCUGUCGAGGUACUUCAUGAAGAGCUUCUUUAAAAAAAAAAAA